AUGCAACUGCGCAAUUUAUGGCUCAUAUUUGUGAUAAUACUUUGGCGUCCAGAAUUAAUUGAGUCCCUAACGGAGAAAGAAUAUAAACUUGGCCACAUUGUCAACGAAUUAAAUGAUAAAUUAAAAUCAGAAUGGAAUCUAUUGGUAGCUACUGAAAUAACAAACAAUUUUGAUGGACUCUUAAGGAUAACAAAUGUACCGAAGAUAUUGGUACUCGCUGAUAAAAUCGGCGACAAAUAUAAUGUUACGCAACUGCAUAGCCACAAUAUGCUGACAGUUGUCCAAGUAAAUAAAAGUGAGGAAGAAGAACUGAGUAUCAAAGUAAAUAAUAUUUUGCCAUUCUUACAUUUAACUCACAUUCUUUGGAUUUAUAAUAAUGCAACUCGCACCGACUUACAUAAAUCCGCAGAAACACAUUGGUCUUUGGGUUUUGUUAAUACUUUGUACUACACAAAUGGUGAUCUCUUCACAUACAAUCCAAUACCAAAGCUAAUUAUCGAAAUGGUAACAAGUGUUCGUGAAUACAGUGAACGAACACCAAUUAAGGAUUUUCAAGGAUACCCUUUGAAAUUGACUGUAUUCCACAAUGCGCCGAACAUCUAUCGUUAUACCGAUCGAAAUGGCAAAGUACAGGUCACCGGUACAUAUUGGAAGCCAUUGGAAAUAUUUAUUAAACAAUAUAAUUUUGAAAUGGUUUGUUUGAACUUGCCCCAUACAGGUCUGCCUAUUAUGCGUUUGAUAACAGCAAUGAAGGCAAAUGAAAUCGAUAUUAUACCCGGCACUCUUCAAUAUUGGCAUGGUUUAGAUCGUAGUCGUGUGUUAGACAAUAUCAACUAUUAUUUUGUGGUACCAUCUCCUCAGCCCGUAUCAAUGAUGUACUACUACUACCUGCCCUUUCGAAAAGGUCUUUGGCUAUUUAACAUUUUUCUUUUGAUUCUCGUAUCCCUUGUCACACAAAGUUUGAUUGCCGGACAGAGGAAGUACUAUGACAACUUUUUUCGAGCAGUAUUAUUUGUGGAAAGUUGGCUCCUGUUCCAAUACCAUUUCAUUUUAAAUGGCAAAACAAUUCUGCAGAAAACCCUCACCUUCAGUUUGAUAAUAUACGGAUUUGUUUCCAUUAAUUUUUACAUGGCCAAAUUGUCAAGCAUCCUGACCGUCAAUGUUUUUGCAACGAAAAUCGAAACAUUGGCCGACAUCGAAGCCACCAACUUGUCAUUGCUUGUCAGCAACUACACCUACAAUUACUUGCAUUCGGUUUUUGGCAUGCCUUCCGCAAUAUCGAAUAAUCUUCAAAUUACCGAUAUUGUGACCUACCACAAAUCACUCUUCGCUUUGAAUACUUCCUAUUUAUAUGUCCUGCAACAAGACAAGAUGGAAUUUAUUCUAUAUCAGCAGAAAUUUCUGAAGACACCGUUAAUGCACCACAUCGAGCUCGUCAUAUACAGUCAUCAAAAGUACUACACACCUGAUCCUGAUGCUGCUGUUAAUACCGCAGCUUCUGAUGAUGAUUACAAUGUCGACGACGAGCACGAAGACUUGGAGGAUAUUACCAUUGUUUCCAAUGCCGCUAUGAAUGCUGGUGUGCAUUACUCGUAUAUUGUUGCUUGGCUGUUUGUGCAUAUUCCACUUGAGACAUUCUUUUGUUUUAACAGCACAGGACGGCCACCGACCGACCGCUUGCAAGAAACGAUGUGUUGUUUUUCAUGUGAUGAUUGUUUGCGUCUCAAUCCCCGGGCUGAAAUGAAAGUAAAUAUGUAUUAA